CAUUAAUCACUGUGACCAGAAUUUCGAAAAAAUUCCACAUUCUCUUUGCUACUACUAUAUAUAUCGUGGUGUAUGAAGAAAUUACUCAAAAUUCUUUAAUACUUUAGAGAUAAAAUUAGUCUUCAAGCAUGACAGAUUUCUUAGUGAUUUUGAGGUUAUAUGUUGUGCUUCAUAUGCUACUUCAUGCUCAUGCAUGUUGGGAAGAAGAAAAAAUUACUCUUUUGAAACUCAAAGAUGCAUUCAACUACCCAAAUGGGACUGCUCUUUCUUCUUGGGGUGGGGAAGAAAGAGAUUGUUGUAUGUGGGAAAGGGUUGGUUGCAUGAAUUGACGAAGCAUGUGAUAAAACUUUCACUCAAUGACACAAGACCAACAAUGGGGGCAAUGGGGGCCACCAACAACGGUUUCUUCCUGGAAUCCUCUUUAUUUAAUCCCUUUGAGGAGCUGCAUGAGUUACGAUUGGAUGAUAACUCCAUUGAAGGCUUUUAUGGAGUGCUGAGGUUAAAAAAAUUACAAAUGUUGGAUCUGAGUUGGAAUAGGCUCACAGAAAUUCCAUCCUUCCGUGGCAUGGUGUCUUUGAGGUUUUUGUACCUCGGAGACAAUCAUAUGAAAAAUUUGUCCACAUUUCAAGGUAAUGAAGCCUUCUCCCCGGGGAAAAUUGAUAGAGCCUUCGCCAGAGUUAAUGACUUGUUUGUUCACAGAGUUGACAACUUUGAGGGGCCUGGAGAUGCUUGACUUGAGUUAUAAUGAGAUUGUUGGUGAGAUGCCUCCAUCUCUUGGGGCCAUGACAUCUUUAAAGAUCUUAUCAUUUAGUGGCAAUGGAUUAAAUGGCUCUUUCCCGGAGGAAGGUUUAUGUAAUUUGAAAAACCUCCAAGAGUUGGAUAUUAGCCGAAACAGCUUCAAAGGAUCUAUUCCUCCAUGUAUCAGCAAUUUAACAUCCCUCCGUCUCCUCGAUCUUUCUAACAAUAACCUUUCGGGAACCAUUCCUUCUGAUCUCCUCAGGCUCACGUCCCUCGAAUACUUUUCCCUUUCUCUGAACCAUUUUGAAGGGUCCAUCUCAUUGAGUUUAUUUGCUAACAACUCCAAUCUUGAGGUUCUUAAACUUGGUAGCCUUAACAACGAGUUGCAUGUAGACACAGAAAAUACACCAUGGAAACCUCUAUUUCAGCUAAAAGUCCUACGACUAUCAAACUGCUAUCUCAAUGAUCCAAGUAGAUCUCUUCCGAGCUUUCUUUUGACUCAGCAUGAUUUAAGAGUUGUUGACCUCAGUUGCAAUUCCAUGGUUGGAAAGCUUCCCACUUGGUUACUGAAAAACAAUGCAAGAUUGGAGUUCCUUAGUCUUGCACAGAACUCAUUCACGGGUCUAUUUGUGUUACCUGUUGAUUCUAAAGAUCUUGAUUUGUUUUGGCUUGAUGUGUCUAAGAAUGAUAUUCAAGGCCUCCUUCAUGCGUCUAUUGGCCAUAUAUUCCCAAAUUUGCAGUAUUUGAACAUGUCUGGAAACUCGUUUCAAGGUAAUAUUCCUCAUUCAAUCGGCAACAUGAAUAUGUUGCGUUCAUUGGAUCUGUCGAGCAACAACUUCACAGGAGAAUUACCAAACAUUUGGUUAUGGGCUGUAAGGAAUUGACUAUGCUGAAGCUUUCACAGAAUAAGCUGCAGGGCCAGUUAUUUCCCAAAAAAUGGAACCUCACAUCGCUCUUGUUUUUGUAUCUAGAUAAUAAUUUCUUUUCA